UACAUUUGUUUUAUUGUCCCUUGUAAACGAGAGAAGAAAGAUGAGUGAAGAAACAUAUGAAGAAACGAUGGAAUCAAAUGAGUCUCCUCGUCCUGCUCCAAAACUCAACGAGAGGAUUCUCUCAACUCUCUCCAAGAGAUCUGUAGCUGCACAUCCAUGGCACGACCUUGAGAUCGGUCCUGAGGCUCCAUUGGUCUUCAAUGUGGUGGUUGAGAUCACGAAGGGAAGCAAAGUGAAAUAUGAACUUGACAAAAAGACCGGUCUUAUCAAGGUUGACCGGAUCUUGUACUCAUCGGUUGUUUAUCCUCACAACUAUGGAUUCAUCCCAAGGACAUUGUGUGAAGACAACGAUCCUCUUGAUGUUCUUGUCCUCAUGCAGGAACCAGUGCUUCCAGGAUGUUUUCUCCGUGCUAGAGCCAUUGGAUUAAUGCCCAUGAUUGAUCAGGGAGAGAUGGACGACAAGAUCAUUGCCGUGUGUGCUGAUGAUCCAGAGUACAAACAUUUCACCGACAUCAAACAACUCGCUCCUCACCGUCUCUCAGAGAUCCGUCGUUUCUUCGAAGACUACAAGAAGAACGAGCACAAGGAGGUGGCUGUAAACGAUUUCUUGCCAUCGGAGAAGGCACAUGAAGCAAUCCAGUACUCCAUGGACCUAUACGCUGAGUAUAUUCUCCAUAGCUUGAGGAGAUGAACGAACAACAACACAUUUAUAUUCCCAUACAGCGAAAGAGAUGAUUCCUCGCAGCAGAAUAUUCUUUUAAUAAUUGUUAUUUUUCUUGAAAUGUUGCAAUUUUGUUGAAUUUUGUAAUUUGAAACUCAUACAGAGACAAAUGUAUUGUAUUUUUCAUUUUUUUUCCUUGUUGCUUACUGAAACUCAUGUUUUGUAUACUAAUGGGCUUUAUAAGCUCAUAUGGCCCAAAUAAACUGUCUC